AUGCCAGAAACCGAAGAGGAGCACCACGGGAAUAACGAGGUGAGGAUGGAUGGUGCAUUACCCGAUUCUGGUGUUGUCGACCGUCCAUAUGAGAAUCGGACAAGUCACGCAGCCCUGACAACCAAGGAACCAAAGGAACCUCACCCCGACAGCCACAUGAGCAACAUUAAAGCAAUAGAAACAGGUAGGCAUCUGCGCCGCAUUAUCACCGACGGGCAACAAGCACUAGAGCGCGGAAACAGGUCUAACCGUGCCAUGUCCGGGGGAGGCAUGGGCCCGCAAAGCGUCGCGGGGAUAUCCUGGGGGCGGCCAUGGCCCUCGCGCAGUGCGCCGUUCGCAGGGAUGGAGAUGGAGGAGAGGAUGAUUACAUUACACAAGAAGCCGGGCCCCUUCCGCGUGCGACCGUGA